AUGGAGGACCAUUAUAUGCUCGGAAGUUCGGAGGAGACACUCCGCAACCAAGGACUUUCAGAGGUGCAGAUACCGGGGACUUUUACUAGCCAUUUCAAAGCUGCUUUAGGUCGCAAGAAAAUUGAGACCUACAAGGAUGACAAACUUGGGAUGGGGGACAAAAUUGGACUUGCCCUCUUGCAAGAGAUCCAGAAAUCAAAGGUACGGAAACAACAGGAGAGUUAUGCAGAUGCAUUUGCUCAAUUUGAAGAACGUUUCGAGGACAACAUGGACAAAGUGCUCAUGUGGCGAAAUGCGUUGAAGGAAGCAGCCAAUAUGUCUGGCUUUGAUAAUUCAAAAAGAACAGGGCAAGACGGAGGCUGA